GGUAGCGUGGUGACGUACGAGCUGGCCGGGCGGUGGCGGUGGCGGCGGCGUGAGGACGCGGCUGUGAAAGUGGCCGUUGCCCGGGCCCACCGGGUUCUCAGCAGCCAUGGAGCCGCCGGCGCCGAAAAGCAAGUUGAAAAAACUGAGUGAAGAUAGCCUCACAAAGCAGCCUGAAGAAGUUUUUGAUGUAUUGGAAAAGCUUGGUGAAGGAUCCUAUGGUAGUGUUUUUAAAGCCAUCCAUAAAGAAUCUGGACAGGUUGUUGCCAUAAAGCAAGUGCCAGUGGAGUCUGACCUACAGGAAAUUAUUAAGGAAAUUUCAAUAAUGCAACAAUGUGAUAGUGCUUAUGUCGUGAAUUACUAUGGCAGCUAUUUUAAAAAUACGGAUCUCUGGAUAGUUAUGGAAUAUUGUGGGGCUGGUUCUGUGUCCGAUAUUAUCCGACUACGAAACAAAACAUUAAUAGAAGAUGAAAUAGCAACAAUCCUUAAAUCGACCUUGAAAGGGCUGGAAUAUCUGCACUUCAUGAGAAAAAUCCAUCGAGAUAUCAAAGCUGGAAAUAUCCUACUGAAUACAGAAGGCCAUGCAAAGCUUGCGGAUUUUGGUGUUGCAGGUCAGCUGACAGAUACAAUGGCAAAACGCAACACAGUGAUAGGAACACCAUUUUGGAUGGCCCCAGAAGUGAUCCAAGAAAUAGGCUACAAUUGUGUUGCAGAUAUCUGGUCUUUAGGAAUCACUGCAAUUGAAAUGGCAGAAGGCAAACCACCCUAUGCAGACAUCCAUCCAAUGAGGGCUAUUUUUAUGAUUCCCACCAACCCACCGCCAACAUUCCGGAAGCCAGAGCUUUGGUCAGAUGAGUUCACGGAUUUUGUAAAGAAGUGUCUGGUGAAGAAUCCAGAGCAAAGAACAACUGCCACACAACUGUUACAGCACCCUUUCAUUAAAGAUGCCAAAUCUGUAUCAAUUCUAAGAGAUUUAAUAAUUGAAGCAAUGGAAAUCAAAGCAAAAAGACAUCAGGAGCAACAAAGAGAACUUGAAGAUGAUGAUGACAACUCAGAUGAAGAUGAGGUGGAUUCCUACACCAUGGUGAAGACUAGUCAUGCAAGCACAAGCACCAUGAGGGCAACCAGUACAAUGAGUGAAGGUGCCCAAACCAUGAUUGAGCACAACAGUACUAUGUUGGAAUCAGACUUGGGAACCAUGGUAAUUAACAGUGACGAAGAGGACGGAACCAUGAAAAGGAAUGAUGCUACAGAAGAGUUACAAAGGCCAGCCUUUAUGGAUUACUUUGACAAACAGGAGAAGAAUAUUCAACCUCUUGGAAAUUGUAACCAGAAUCUGCAGGAGCCUUUCCAUAAAUCAAGAAAUAUUUUCCCUGAUAAUUGGAAGGUACCACAAGAUGGGGAUUUUGAUUUUCUGAAAAAUCUGAGCUUUGAAGAACUACAGAUGAGGUUGAGUGCUCUGGAUCCAAUGAUGGAGCGAGAAAUUGAGGAUCUGCGCCAAAGAUAUCAGGCUAAGCGACAGCCUAUUCUAGAUGCCAUGGAUGCAAAGAAACGAAGACAGCAGAACUUCUAGUUGAACUUACUAUCCAGGGUAGUAUAUCAUCAUCUCUAAGAUGUAGUGCCAGAACAUUUAAAGCAAAAGUAAUAAAACACUGUAGAACAAUGUUAAUUAUAACCUGCAAUCUUUCCUGCAGUCAAUGAAGCAAUCAGUUUUAACAGGAAAUGUAUGGUUUAUUUCCUGGCUACCUUUGUUUCGCCACAGCUUCAAUCCAUGCAAGGAAACCAUAAUUAGGUUUGAAACAUGCUGUGUGGGGUCAGGCAACACCGACAAUCUGAAAUGCCAUUAAUGUAGCGAAACAUCACAAGAUGCUUCGUGGAAAUGUUAUCCCCCCACAAUUUGUUAUUGAGUACAAAAGGAAAUAUUGGGACAGAGGCCCAAAACCUUGAGGAAUAGGUAGGUUCUGAAGGAUGUCUUAAGGGCAGUCAGUGAAGGAGGCAGGUUGAACGCAGGAAUUCCAGAGCCAGGGGGCUUUAGCAACAAACGACAAAGCUGCCUAUGGUGGUGUGAUUAAACAUUGCAGUAUUCAUGAGCCUAGAAUUGGUGCAGCACAUAUCAAACUGACUUAAAAAUGUAUUGCCACUCCUUCAUUGUAAUGAGGCUUAAAUUCUCACCCUCGUUAGCCAAUAACACAAGUAAGAGUGCCUUUCACCUAAGCGAUUCCAACAUUUUAAAUAGGCACCUCACCCCAUCCAUCACCAGCUUCAUGGUAAUUGGGGAUGGGCAAUAAAUGCUGUUCUUGCUAGUGAUGUCCACAUGCUUUAACUUAAUUUAAAACAUUGCUUUAGUUUUUCAUCAGAUGUCUGUCAGGUUUCAGACUACUAUCAUCCUUGGCAUAUAAAAAACAGCUAAUAGGCAUUCCUGUGGCAGGGCACCUAGAACUGUACACAGCCCUCAAAAUGUGGCCAUACCGAUUUCUUGUACCGCUGUACAUAUAAUAUCUUGCGAGCCACCUCAGCAAAGGCAGACAUCAAUGAUUACAUUUGCUGCUGCCCUCAUCCUUUCAGUGCCCAAGGGAAAGGAUGUUGAAAGCUCAGGAUCUCAAACCUACCACAAAAUGCAUGGUCCCUUGAGCAGCAUUAUUCAGAAAAAAGAGCCACAAAGUAUAUGAGUCUGAUUCCUGGCCCAUCCAGGUAAAGAUUGCCUGUGCGAUGAUAAUGUGUUUCCAUGGACCAUCCCGUGUCACUGCAUGCUUAAGGAGUGGCCCAGAGACACAUUGUCCUUUGCAACUGGCCCUUAAUAUGACACACCAAUUUGUUUGUAUAAGCACAUUGAAUCAGGGGCUGCUGCUCACAAUAGUAGGGUGUUAAUCUCAACACGUUGUUGCUACUAUAGCCAGGCAAUGUUGCUAGCUGUUCAAAUAUUAUGGUGUGCACAGCUGAUGCAUUGGCAAACCCAUUGAUUGGAGUCGGUUUUGGCUUCAAAUUUUCAACACUAACUAAUCAACAGAAAUUGAUAUCUAAUUGAGGAUUACCACUGAUUUAUGCAAGAUUAAACUGAAUGCUUCAUUGUCUAUGAAGAUGUUCAGCAAAUUCCAAGAAUGGACAUAACUAUUGUAAAAGAUUGUGUAGUUAAUUUAUUUUAAUGUGAAUACUGAUUUUAUUGUGCAUACGAGGAUUUAAUGGUAUCAGCAAGCGCCAGUUCUAUUUUUGCUUCUAUUCUAUCAUGCUGUCAACACUAAGUGUCUUAUAUCUUAACUUAUUGUUCUCAUGUUCAACUAUGUGAGCCUUGUUACAACAGCCGCAAGCUGUAUGUAAGUUCACAAAAGAAACAUCAAGUGAUGUAAAUUCCUUGAACAAACCCAGUGUUUAACCUGUUUCAGCAAAACUGCCAAUUUUUCUUGCUGAGUAUUUUCAUACAUUUCGAUGCGCUAGUGAUUAGUGGUAACAUUUGUAAAUGCAAUCCCGCAAGGCCUUUAUAAACCCAAAUUACCCCCCCCCCCUAAAAUUCUAAGUCGCACCCAUGUACCACCUGAGAGAUGGGCCUUGUUUACAUAAACUCAAAUAGAACUACUGCAGAUAUAAAAAUAAAGUACAGCUUAUUGUGCGUCUAUAUUUUAUUUUUUUCGCUGUAUUCAUGUAGGCCAUUUGCCAUCCCCAGUGCAAUGCCCCACUACAGAUAGACACUAAAAGCUGGAGUAACUCAGUGGGUCAGGCAGCAUCUCUGGAGAAAAGGAAUAGGUGACCUUUCGGGUUGAGACCCUUCUUCAGAUUGAGAGUCAGGGGAAAGGGAAACGAGAGAUAUAGAAGAUAAAUAGCCUCACAAGUUGAAGGCAUGGGUGGAUAAGAACAUAGAACAGGACAGGAACAGGCUCUUUGGCCCACAAUGUCCGUGCAGGACAUAAAAUCAUGUAAUACCUUAACUUGAAUGUGCUAGUUGAAUCCAGCAUAACUUGAUGGAUUUUUUAUAAUAUUGGAAAUGAAACAUUAUGCAUGCAUAUGCUAUGCAUAUGCCUCAGCUACUGUUUAGUCUUGUAAUGUUGUGCUGUGUACAAACCUAAACCAUAACCUUGCUAAAUGAGAAAUAUAAAUGACACUGGUUGCGAACUAGCUAGAAUUAGCUAAUUCAUUCUUUAUAUUGCAGGUUUUAAAUGGUGUGCCGUUACAAAUGAACUUUUAUGCAUUAGCUUAUUCAAAAGACAGAUGAUGAGCAAUUAGAAGGCUUUGUGCAAAAGCAAGAUUUUUAAACUGACCCAAUUAUUCCAAACUCUGUCCUUUUUAAAAUAAGGAUAAACCAUUCAGCCCAUCAUGUUCAUCCACGGUGCAGUCCCAUCAACAAUUUUCCCCCCUCCAUAUUUUCCUGGAACUUUCCCUCACAUGCCCAAGAACUCCACUGAUUCUAUUGCCACUUACCUCCACUAAGGAAUAGUUUACACCAGCCAGUUAACUUACCAGCAUACCUUUGGGAUAUGGGAGGAAAUCAGAUGCCCUACAUGGGCAAACCCACUCGGUCAGGGGGGGACCUCGCAAACUCCACACAGACAGCAUUCAAGGACAGGAAUGAAACCAAAUCUCUGGAGCUAUGAGGCAGCAGCACUACACUAUAUCAUCAUGCACUGUGAAGUGGUAACACCAGCAAAGUGCUGUGCAUACCAUGGUGAUGUUUCUUAGUUAUGUUUUUGCUUUGAUCAUUUUAUAACAUAUUAACACUAUUAAUUCUUCACCCACUACAUUUGGCAGCUGACUAUAUAGUCAGUGCGCUUUCAACUCAAACUGGAGUUAAGAAUGCUCAUAGAAAAAGGGUGUGUCGAGAGAGAAAAGGAUUACAUACGUUUCUUGGUGUGGACAAUACUGAAUUAACUACCAAAAAUUGAUUAUUCUAUGUGUGUUUAAGGAAAAGUGGAAUGUAUAUACUGUCGUGUGUGUAAUUUAUUAUACAAGUAAUUAAAAGUAGAUUAUGGUUUAAACUUUAAAAAUCUCUAGAAACUUAAAUCCAUCUAGAAACUUAAUUGAUGACUGGAUUCCAAGAAUCACAGCAAGUUGCCAAAUUGGAAUAGUUUCAGUGCCUUU